UCUGCUCCCAAAGUGGGCACCUCUCACUAGUAAAUAAUCCUGACAUUUCCUGAUCUGUUGUUGGAAGACAAGCAUAAACAGAAUCGGAGUUAUUGAAUGUGCAUGUGAUACAAGAUAACUCAAUACCUGCCGUUCCUUUCUGUUGUAAUACAAGAUUCAAAAUGUAAGAUCCACAAAAUCAAGUUUAGGAACAGAGAAUUUUUUUUAAAAAAUCAGCAAUCAUCAGGGUCGGGGACGCCUUUGGUGGGUUGGGGGUUCAUAAUAAACAUUGUCACAAAUUAGUGAGUGCAACGGGAGUUAACAAAGUCGCGUCGGUCUGCAAUUUGGAGUCGCACCUGAAGUUUGGCUUCUCCGCACGGUUUUUCAACAGGGAGCAUUGCACUGGUCUUUGUCAAAGCUCGCAUAGCGACCGGCACUAUACAGCUGCAUUGAAUUCUGGUCUAAUUGUCACACUUUCUAUUCUUUUUGUUUUGCAAGGAAAAGCGGAACCACAGGAUUGAAAUGAAGGGAUGUCUCUUCAGGAGAUAGAGGAGAGUGCCUGUUGUAACUUCACUGCAGAAGAACAUGUUACAUAGACAAAAUCCAAGCAAAUUUAAGAAAGUAACCAAUGUGUCAAAUCGAUGAAGCGAUCAGCUUACUCAAUGGCAAGUUUCUAUUCUAUUUGAAACCUUGCCCAGAAUUCAAAAUUGCAGUUAAGAGGUUCCCAGAGAGAGAGAGAGAGAGGCCACGCCUCAGCGUCCGCAGUAUAAAUAAGAGAUCUCCCCAAACACUCCCAGAAACAUUCCGGAAGCCAGUAAGAUUUCAGCAAGCGGUGGAUCGUGCAAAGUAGCUGCUCGCCUGCCAAUCGUUGACAUCAAUGUGCCUUUGGAUGAAAGGGGAGGUUCCCCAUGGGUGGCUUCACGCCGGCGAGUUGCAGAUGUGCUCCGCGUUGGACUGAGCGGGUCCUUUCCAGCUCCUGAUCUCUUGUCCACUCCGCAAGAGGAAGGAUGCCUUAUAGGAGAUGAGUGCCAACCGAGAGGACCAUGUGAUCCUGUGUCAAAAGGCCAUCGGGCUGGUCAACGAACUGUGCACCAAGAACCUUCUGGAACAUGAGAAGUGCCUGGAGUUUGUGUUUUCCUCCUCCAGUCAGCUCCCCAGUGUAACUGAGACAGAUAUUUCCAUCAGCUUGCUUGCAGUGAUACUUAUUUUCUGUGGACUGGCCCUGGUGGCAGUUUUUCUCUUUGUGUUCUGGAAGCUCUGCUGGGUACCCUGGAAGAAUAAGGUUCUCUCGAACACCUCCAUUCCCGGAGACACAGCCAACAUCACUAGCAUUGAGCAAGACAAGGAGAUGACGGACAAACCCAAAGAGUCCACAUCCAUGAGCUUCCUCGAGGCAGCCAUGAAGAUCAGUCACACAUCACCAGAUAUCCCAGCAGAGGUUCAAAUGUCCAUGAGAGACCACAUCCUGCGCCACACACGGAUACAGAGGCAGACAACGGAGCCAACCUCUUCCUCCAGGCACAGUUCCUUUAAGAGACACUUGCCAAGGCAGAUGCAUGUAUCGAGCGUUGACUUCAGCACAGACUCCUUGCCGCAUAAAGAACAAGCUACAAGCAUCGGCCGGAUCAAACCGGAGCUCUACAAACAGAAAUCUGUGGAUUCAGAAGACCCAAAGAAAGAAGGUGGGAAAACCUGCGGGAAAAUCAACUUCAUGCUAAAAUACGACUAUGAGAACGAAAUGCUGGUUGUUACAAUCCUCAAGGCUUUUGACCUGCCUGCGAAAGAUUUUUGUGGCAGCUCAGACCCCUAUGUAAAAAUCUACCUUCUCCCUGAUCGGAAAAGGAAGCUCCAGACCAGAGUGCACAGAAAGACACUCAAUCCUACUUUCGAUGAGAGCUUCCAGUUCCCUGUGUCCUAUGAUGAACUCGCCAACAGGAAGCUACACUUAAGUGUAUAUGACUUUGACAGGUUUUCUAGACAUGACAUGAUUGGGGAGGUGAUUUUAGAGAACCUGUUUGAGAUCUCAGACCUCUCCCGGGAUACCUCCAUCUGGAAGGAUAUUCAAUACGCCACAACUGAAAGUGUGGAUCUGGGAGAAAUCAUGUUCUCUCUCUGCUAUCUACCUACUGCUGGCCGGCUGACACUGACAGUCAUCAAAUGCAGGAAUCUCAAAGCCAUGGACAUCACUGGCUACUCUGAUCCAUAUGUCAAGGUGUCUUUGCUGUGCGAAGGACGAAGGUUAAAAAAGAAGAAAACAACUAUAAAGAAAAACACAUUAAAUCCUACUUACAAUGAAGCAAUUAUCUUUGACAUUCCUCCAGAGAACAUGGACCAGGUCAGCCUGCUGAUCUCAGUUAUGGACUAUGACCGUGUUGGCCAUAAUGAGAUCAUUGGAGUGUGUCGUGUGGGGGUCAAUGCUGAAGGCCUAGGGAGGGACCACUGGAAUGAAAUGCUGGCAUAUCCACGUAAGCCAAUAGCACAUUGGCACCCCUUGGUAGAGGCUGUGGGUGAAGGCACACUUGCGGGGGAAGGAAGCGGUUGUGAAGGGUAUAGUGGUACCUCCUCCACAUUACUGUGGCAAGGACGCGCAGCCAGCUUUGACAGCCAAGGGUCCUGUCCAUCUCCUAAACCUCCAGCAACACCAUGAUUCCCAGCGUAAAGAGAUUCUGUGGAUCCUUCCAUGUUCUGAACAUAAUGUAAUGUCAGUCUCUUUCCUCACAGGAAAACUAUAUUAAACUCUGAAAGAAAUGGACACAAGUAUGGAGAUAGCUUGUCCUUGCUUGGACAGAAAGCAAAUCCAAAAAUUGGGUGACUUUCACAUGUUAUGCAAGAAGGAGACAGGAUUGCUGUUCUGGAGCCAUAGUUAUAAAUAAGAGGGAGGCACAAGGGAACAUUGUCUUCUGCACUAGGGAGAGAGAUGGAGCUCAAAUAUUUUCAGUGGCACGUGAAAUUUGUAUUAUCUGCAUCAGCAGCUGAAACCAAUACAUGGGUUUGAGUUACGUGCCUCAAAAAAAAGAUCCUAAUCAUGUUCAAAUUUUCUUGUGUUUUCUUUGUCAUGCCGUCAAUAUAAUUUGUCAGUUCCAUGAAAGACCAAACUAUACAUUUAUCAUAGAUCAAAAUCUGCAAUAGUUCAGCAACCUCAGGCUAUCAAAAUAUUAAGCAACCAACUUUACAAUGUUUUUAUUGUGUAGAAAGCAUUAUUGAUGUAUAAACUAAUCACUUUAAUUUUAACUUGGAAAAAGCAUGCUUAAAGGGUAAUGUUUAACCUUGUAGUACAUCAAAGGAAUGUAAGAGACUCUUGGUUUUAGGUUACUACAUAAUUUGCUGAGCUGUUAAGAUUAAUGUAUGGUUGGAAUUCUAUGAGUUAACAAAUUAAAGGGUCUUGAGGUCACAAUCGAGGUAACAAAUCAGAAUUUUAUGUGGACCUCACUCCAAUCUCCCCUCCCCCAGCCCUUAAUCAAGCUGGAAUGUACUCCUGGGUUCCAUGCUGUGUAUUGAGACUUGGCUGAUGAGCUGAAGGAGAGUUUUCAUUGGUUAAAGUCAGGACUUGAACCCUAAAAUAUCCUGACACUGGAUAUAAAAUCUAAAAACCUAAUGGUUAACGUCAGUGUUAUUCCAGUAGGGAGAACCCAUAGACAUUUACUGCUCUGGGAGGGGUCACUGUGGUUUUAAUCCUGCUCUAGCAGACAAGGUUGAAAGUUUGAUUAGGAGCACUUUAAAACUCAGCUUUGAAAUGACUCCACAGAGGCUGGUAUCCCAUGCCCCUAUAUUUCCAUGUGGAGAGUCCUUGACACUGACCCAGGUCCCUCAGCUUUCAGAGUGAACGGAACCUCUGACACUCCUUUUUAUAUCUGGACCAGAUUGACAGUCCCAAUCAGAGAACUCCUAUUCUAUGGGUCCACUUUGCUGACCAUGUUACAAUCACUACAUUCCACCCCCCCCCCCCCCCCCACCCC